AUGCAAUUCCUUCCACAGCAACAACAAUACGGUAGUUUGUUGCCACAAUGUCAACAAUGUACACCCUAUUCAUGUUAUAAUAAUUGUUUUCCUAAUUAUUAUCAACAACAACAACAAUAUCCAGCAUUUAGCUCAUCGUAUCCUCAACAAUAUUAUUGUUCACCACAACAAUCAUCACAAUAUCCAUAUUACUCUCAACAAUGUUCAAUGUUGCCACAAAAUGCUUAUGGUUAUAAACAAUGUUGUUCACAACAACAACGUGUUUUUAAAGAUGCAUCAGCAACUUUAACAAUAAAAUAUCAUAAAAAAAGGCAAACAAAAUUAGCAUAA